AUGCGUUUCUCCGUCGCCUACCUCCUCCCCGCUCUCGCUGUCGCCAAACCUUUGGGUGUUGUCCAGCCCUCUCCCGAUGGCUGGGCUGAUGGUCCGGAUCCCAAACAGAUUCAGAUCGCCAGCGCCACCUUCUCCGGCAACGGCUGCCCGCAAGGCACCGUGUCCACCAGCAUCUCUCCGGACAAGACGAAUAGCACGGUGUGGUUGACCUUCCUGUCCUGGAAGGCUACCAAAUUUCAGGUCUACAUCGGCAAAGGGUACAACCCGACAGAGAGGACCAAGAACUGCCAGCUUCACCUGAACCUCAAAUACCCCGGUGGCUUCCAGUUCUCCGUACUCGAGAGCACGUACCACGGCUACGCUUUCCUCGAGCCCGGCGUGACCGGCACCUUCUUCAGCACCUACUACUUUAGCCAGGCGCCUUCAGACACUACCACCACCCAGACCACCAUCAGUGGUGGCGGCAUCUGGGCCGAGGGCCAGGUGUACACCAAGACCGACAAGGUCCCGACUGCCAGCUACAUCUACUCGCCAUGCGGCUCCAACGGUAUCCUCAACGUCAACAACCGCAUCGCGCUAACCAGCUCCAACUCCAGCGCUGUUGGCGAGAUCACCGAUGACGAUGCCACCGUCGCUUUCACUCAGCAGAUCAACCUCGCCUGGAAGCCCUGCACCAAGUAA